AUGAUACCGCAAGAGACUUUGGCUUUCAAAGAAAGCCGGCGAUUCAUCCUGGAUAACUGGGGGGCACCUUACAAAUUCGCUGUCAACGUGCAUUCGAAGCCAUUCUCAGAGGCGCCAGACUCCGUUAUUGGAGCGCUCAAGAGAAUGCAAUGGGCUGGUCAAACGUCAGUCGCCAUAACCAACGAUGCCAUGGACGCCUAUGCCCAACUACCCGACUACAGCGAGAUGGCCCGAUGUGCCACCCUCACCGAGGACUUCGCUGACUUCAACGAGCUCCUUUCGAUCGGAUACAUGGAGGAAGACAAGAUUAGUUAUCAUGACGACGGCGAAGACACCCUGGGGCCCACUGUAGCCACGCUCUCUCUGGGAAGCCCUGCCUUGAUGACCUUCAAGAUGAAAAAAGCCUACGCUGGCAAGGAAAAGAAGGCUCUCCAGCUUACGAUAUUCCACGGCGACCUGGUGGUCAUGCAUGGUACCCGCAUUCAUCAGGCGUACCUGCACGAGGUUGUACCAAAAGGCAAACGUCGUUUUGCGUUGACUUGCCGAAAGAUCGUGCUCGAGAACAUCGAGGACGAUGAUAUUCGAGCCGAGGCCGUCCAGAACAGCAUGCUUCCAGAGGUCUCACAGCUCUGGGACUAUCCGAAGGCCGAAGAUGGCGAAGGUCGUGAAACGACUGCCCACUCUUCGAAGCGUGCCGCUGAUGAGUCUCAAAGCACCACGUCUCGCGCUGCGAAGCGAUGCAAGACCACGGCUUGA